AUGUCCUACUUUGCAGUCGAUGGCGGUGUCAAUGCGCGGACGGCCCGGUUGCGACUCGAAUCGAAAUUUCCAGGAGUGAAGCUCUACGAAGCUGCUCCAGAGUCGCAUACCAGACAUUCACGACGAGCGAUCUCGACGACAACACGGCUGUUUAAGAGCCAGGCGCAACGAAAACAGAGUCCGCGUCGCUCUCCUCUUGCCAAGCCGAGCCGGAUUUCUCCCACGACGGCUCAAUACAGCACAAUGGCGCCCAUCACGUCCUCAGCCCGGGUAGCUCUGUCCAGAGCCACUUGCUCGGCGCGGACAGCGACCGCCAACACGCAGUGCCUGUUUACCAAGAGAACCUUCACAACCCUCCCGACCCUCCGCCCGACCCUGAACUGCCCAUCGCGAACGAGCGGCGUCUUCCGCCAAUCGACCCCGAGCCUCUCGCUCUCGCCCAGCAUCCUCUCCACGGCAAGCUCGGAAGACGCGACGGGGGCAACGCUGGACCUUGUCCCCCGCGGUGCCAUCACGUCGCAUCCGGCACUGGGCGUCGGGUCGCAGAUCCGCUGCGGGCCGCGCCCGACCAUGGCCAAGACGAGUCGACUCAUUCGCAAGCGCAGACAUGGAUUCCUCAGCCGCGUGCGGACGCGGACGGGUCGCCGCACGCUGCAGAGGAGGCGGACUAAGGGCCGGCAUACGCUGUCCAACUAG